AUUACUGAUACUAUUUUACGGCUGAGAAUCUGUUAUCAGCCUUUUCCUCUCUGUCGGUAAAAAUGGCGGAAGUUAUGAGAGCAACCGUGGCUUCACUUUUAAAGGGAAUUGACAGAUAUAACCCUGACAAUCUAACAACAUUGGAGCAAUAUGUUAAAAUGCAGGUUGAUGAAAAUACAUAUGAUUUGGAAGCAAAUUUAGCUGUCUUAAAAUUGUACCAGUUUAAUCCAGGAAAUUAUAAUGAGUCUGUGACAAUAUAUAUUUUGUUGAAGGCAUUGACCAAUUUACCCCAUACUGAUUUCAACCUAUGCCAUUGCUUCCUUAGUGCAAAAAAUCUAAAUUCUGAAGAUGUACAAAAAGUGUUCUUUUUAGCUGAUCUUUUGGAGAAGUGCCAGUUUAAGACUUUUUGGCAAUCACUGUCAGAUGACCUACCACACAUGGUAUAUGAUGUUGUUGGAUUUGAAGACUCAAUCAGAAAAUACAUCUGCCACGUAAUUGGAAUCUGCUACGAUACAAUCAGCCGGAAAGUAUUUGCAGAGUUACUUGGCUGCAUUCCAGAAAUGCAGUUAAAUCAAUGGAUAGCUAAAUAUGGUUGGAAGUUGAUCGACAGUGAUACCAUUUUUAUUGCUGUUCAAGAGGAAAACAUCAAAACCAAGAACAUUAAAGAGACAAUAACACUUGAAAAUGUUGCUGCCAUCAUGACAAUGGCUUCGAAAGGACAGCUGGUGCCUCCUGUGGCCCCUCAAUGAUUUGUUGGGAGAAGAAAUAAAUGAAUAAAUUAUUCAGAUCUGA